AUGUCCUCGGGCAACUCCACCACAAACAAUUCUUCCAUCAUUUGCGAUCCCUUUCUCUUCUCACUUGGCAAUUUCUCUACUGAAAGCUCCCCUUCAUCAACUUAUGGCGUAUGCCCAGAUGCUCUCACAACACCAAUAUUUUCAGGUCUUUUCAUUGGUCUCUAUCUUGUGCUUUAUCUCGUCAACACUCUUGGCAUCAUCAAAUUCCGAAAGAAGGGUCGCAUCAAAUCGAGGGAUCCUCUCUACUUGUUUGUGUGCAUGUGUGUCCAUGCCGUAUUCAUUGUUGGAUUUUUACUGAGAUUUACCGUCGGACGAAAGCUCUUUCCGUGUGCACUCUAUACCUUGCUCUACUUCUUGCUGCCAGCUGCUGUUUCAUUGCCAACCACGUUGAGAUGUAUUCGGAUUUAUACCAUGUAUCGAUUGAAUUUGUUCAAAACUAAAAUCUUUGAUAUCGAUCAUGAAGCGGAUAAGAAUAGGAACAAUGUCGGUAAUUUGAUAAAUAUUGGCAACAACAAGCCAACGGGCAUGGAUCAAGAACUUCAAAUCAAACCAGAGAUGGUCACGGUUAAUACACCAACAACAAAUCAUGACGAGUCAUCGAUCCUAGUAGAAGAAGUGAAUCGUCAUCAUGAUGGUGGUGCAUCACCUGCCCUAACCUUAACGAGUGAUGACAAUCUUGUUGCUCAGCCUCUCCAAGAAGAGCAGCAAGGUCAACAACAACCAUCCUCUGAAAUUGUGCUUCCAAUUGCAGAUGUAACUUCUGAUUCAAGUAUCCAACAUGAUACAACCACAACCACAAUGACUGACGAUAAGGCUCUUCCAAACAAUACUACAACCUAUAUUGAGAGUCCCAUGAACAUCAUUAGUCGACAGCUGCAAGCCAUCGACCCCUCCUCUCUAAUCACCAAUACAGAUCCUACCGAUUCCAAUGAUGAUGAAUUUACUUUCACCUUAAACUCAAAAUCCGUAUGGGACAUUUCAGAUUCAAAUGAACAAGUCAGAGCACAAAUUCGCACCAUGCAAAUCCUUUCCUUUCUCUCCAGUUACAAAUUCAUGAUCAUUUCCUAUUCGGCCUUAAUAGUCUUUCAAAUCAUCUUGUGGCUGCUUUUCGGAGCUAUUGAGGAAAUUAUAUUUGCUGUUUCUUCAUCCCAGCAAGAAAAUAAGAGAGCCUUCUUACUAGAGGGAGGUCUCUUUGUAUUCAAUCAUGGUUGUGCUCUCUCCACUAAUUUUGUCAUUAUAUUUGCCUGUGUUUCCAUCUUGUAUAUCAUUCUGGAAAUUAUUGCCUUGAUUCUGUGUUUUCGAGCAGAUCGGGAUACCUGGAACAUGAAACGAGAUACCAUUCUCCUAGUUAUUCUUCAAGUGAUUUGUGUGGUAUUAUUUGCCAUUGCCGGUAAUGUAGAAUUCAUUGUCAUUCUCACCGAUUACAUUGUGCCAUAUGGCUACACACUCGUCUUGUAUACAUUUUUUGAAAUUGGAAUUUAUACAUCUAUUCCGUUAUUGAAGACACUGAUGGAAGCCAUUCGACCACCAUCCACCAGUCAUAAUAAGCGUGAUCAACAUGAAACUGGAACACAGAAAGGCGUGAUGAAAAAUUUGUGGUGGUCGAGAAGAAACAUGGAUCAAAUUCAUUCACCUGCCUCAAGUCCAAGCACCACUACUUUAUAUUUAAAUAAGGCAAUAUCCAUUCAUCAACAGCAACAACAACAACAACAUCAGUCUGAAAUUGAGAGAAUUCUCUUGAAUAAGAGAACAUUUGACAUCAUGUUGGACUUUGCACGACGCUCGUACUGUGUUGAGAGUGUAUUGGCUUGGAGAGACAUUCGAAGAUUUAAAUCCAGUCGGUUGCAUAAGAGAAAAAUAGCUCAACACGUUGUAAAUACCUAUCUCACGAUUGGAAGUCCUUUUGAAUUGAAUAUUUCAAAUAUUGUUAAAAAGAGAGAGGACUAUAUGAAUGUGCUGAAUAGUGAUGCAAAAAUUACAUCAUCGUUCUUUGAUAAGCUUGAAGAACAUUGUUUGUAUGAUAUGAGAGAUGUAUUUACAAGGUUGAGAAAUUCAAAUAAGGAAAUUGAUGACUUGGUGUAUUCAUUCGAGUAA